AUGUCUUUUGUCGGGCGAGUAGACCCGUCAACGACAUACGCGGAUAAUAUUUAUGUACAUAAAUUUGGCGCACCCAACUCAAACUUUGCUGCAAGAAGAUUUGGCUCUGACACGCAGUUGUUCCGUUAUGGCCCUGAACCAUUCAAUUCCGAGGACUAUGGACAUAUGGGUUUCCCUGAAGCACCAUCUGCUGCAUUCCAGAGCUCCUUUUACAACCAGCAAGCUUCACUAACACCCUGCUCUGAUGCAGCAAAAGACUCACCGGUGUGCUCCAAUAUCUCUCAACAGAACUCCCAGUCUAUAUCAGAUAAUCAGAGUUCUGGACUUGAAGUAGAGUUCGAUGAUGAGAUCAGGCUGAAGCUUCAAGAGCUGGAGCAUGCUUUACUUGAUGAUGGAGAUGACAUCUUGUUCGAAGUUUCCCAGGCGGGUUGCAUCAGUGAUGAAUGGGCCGAUCCCAUGAAGGAUGUCUUGCUUGCAAAUUCUCCGAAAGAAUCAGAAUCAAGCAUUAGUUGUGCAGGCAGCAACAGCGGAGAAGCACGGACCCCAAAGCAGUUGCUCUUUGACUGUGCUACGGCAUUAGCUGAAUAUAAUGUAGAUGAAGCACAGGCAAUCAUAACGGACCUCCGGCAGAUGGUCUCAAUCCAAGGGGACCCUUCUCACAGGAUUGCAGCUUAUCUAGUGGAGGGCCUUGCUGCAAGGAUAGUAGCUUCAGGGACAGGCAUCUACAAGGCAUUGACAUGCAAGGACCCUCCAACUCUGUAUCAGCUGUCAGCAAUGCAAAUCCUCUUUGAGAUCUGUCCAUGCUAUCGAUUUGGUUUCAUGGCUGCUAAUUAUGCCAUACUUGAAGCCUGCAAAGGCGAAGAAAGGAUGCAUAUUAUAGACUUUGACAUCAACCAAGGCAGCCAGUAUAUUACACUGAUGCAGUUUAUGAAAGAUGAUGCCAACAAACCACGCCAUUUGAGAAUAACUGGUGUGGAUGAUCACGAGACAGUACAGAGGACUGUUGGAGGUCUGAAGGUCAUUGGGCAACGCCUGGAGAAGCUUGCGGAGGACUGCAGAAUAUCUUUUGAGUUCAGGGCAGUGGGUGCUGACAUCGGGGAUGUCACACCUGCAAUGCUAGAUUGCCGUCCCGGGGAAGCACUAGUUGUGAAUUUUGCAUUCCAGCUGCACCACCUUCCUGAUGAAAGUGUUUCGAUCAUGAACGAACGGGAUCAGCUCCUUCGUAUGGUGAAGGGCCUUCAACCAAAGCUUGUGACCCUGGUUGAGCAGGAUGCUAAUACUAAUACUGCUCCAUUUCAGACAAGGUUCCGUGAGGUCUAUGACUACUACUCCGCUCUUUUCGAUUCACUGGAGGCAACACUUCCAAGGGAAAGUCCAGAUAGAAUGAAUGUGGAAAGGCAAUGCCUUGCACGGGAAAUUGUGAACAUCUUGGCUUGCGAAGGCCCUGAUCGCGUGGAGAGGUACGAAGUUGCCGGAAAAUGGAGGGCGAGAAUGACGAUGGCUGGAUUCGCACCGUGCCCAUUUAGCAGCAACGUCAUCGGAGGAAUAAGAUCGCUGCUGAGCUCGUACUGCGACAGGUACAAGUUCGAGGAGGACCAUGGGGGACUUCACUUCGGCUGGGGAGAGAAAACGCUCAUCGUCGCCUCCGCAUGGCAAUAG